AUGGAUGCUGAAAGCCCAAAAACUAGUUCAUUGGUUUCAAGUCCUUUGUGCUCUCCAAAUGUUGGGACCCUGCUCAAGAUUAACAUAAUUUCAUGGAGCCAAGAGACUGGUUUACCUGUGUCUGCUAGGGUGUGGGCUAACGGUAAAAUCUUUGAUCUGCAUAAGCAACCAUUGCUUUCAAAGAGCGGAUACUUCAAGAAGGCAUUAAAUGGAUCAAUGGAGCUCAAACUACCAGAUAACUUCCCUGGAGGGUCAGAAGUCUUUGAGGUAGUUGCCCUGUUUAGUUACAGUUCUUCUGUGACGAUAGACCCUUUCAAUGUUGCAGCUCUGCGAUGUGCAGCAGAAUUUCUUGAAAUGACAGAAGAUUGUGGAUCUGGCAACCUCUGUGAGCGAGCAGACCUGUAUCUAAACCAAGUUGUCUUACAGAGUUGGGACGAUACACUGAUUGUUCUUCAAAAGUGUCAAACAUUACUCCCAUGGUCUGAAGAUCUCCUCAUUGUGAGUCGCUGUGUGGAGUCUCUUGCAUUCAUGGCUUGCAUGGAGAUUCUUGAUCCAGAACAGAGACGUGACAAACCUGUUGUUACCUUGGAGGCCUUAGCAAGUCAACCUUGGAGCUGCGAGGCUGUUAAACAGAUUGCCAGCCAGGAUCUAUGGAUCAAAGAUCUUAUAGCUUUGCCAUUUGAAUUUUUCAGAAGAAUAAUUAGGUCCUUGAGACGCCAGGGGAUGAAGGAAAAGUAUGUAAGCCCUAUAAUUGUUUUCUAUGCCAACAAAUGGAUACUCUCAAGGAAGACCCAUCAGUUCUGGGAGAAUACGGGUGACACAAAUGGGACUGAUGACGUGAAUAAUAAAAUUUUGGUUAUUCUACAAGGUACAAUAGACUUGCUGCCCAUGGGAGAGAAGGCUAGUAGAGUAAUUCCAGUUGGAUUUUACUUUGCCUUGCUCUCAAGAUCCAUUGAUCUUGGUAUAAAAGAUGUGAGUAAAAAGAAGUUGAAAGAUCAAAUUGCAUCUCUACUCCACUUGGCCCAGGUGGAUGACUUUCUCCUUCCCAGAAGCGGGUCUGAAUCCAUUUCAUCAAGUGUGGAGUUCGUUACAAUGGAGAGUAUAAUCUCAACCUAUGUAUCAUCUAAAACAAGGCCAAACAAUACACCUUUAAAUAAUUACAUUGUUGCAGACCUAUGGGACAGGUACCUUUCCCAAAUAGCUUCUGAUCCAAAGAUGGGGCCAAAAAGAUUCAUGGAUCUUAUUGAGAGCAUACCAAUAUCUGAUAGACAGACCCAUGAUCAUCUCUACAGAGCAUUGAACACCUUUCUACUGGAACACCCAAAUAUAUCCCAAGGAGAGAAGACAUCAGUCUGCAAAUACCUAAACUGCCAGAAGUUAUCACAAGAAACAUGCAUUGAAGCUGUUCAAAAUGAGUUGAUGCCACUGCGCUUGAUUGUCCAAGCACUGUUUGUUCAGCAGUUGAAUACACACCAAGCCUUCAAAGACUGCUCAGACUCCUUCAGGUAUGCGAACUGUGGGGAAUUCUCUGGAAGCCCUUCCAGCUCAAAGUAUCCAUACCUCAAAUGCCAGAAUAUAGACAGGAGUCCAGACAAGGAAACUGAUGGAGGGGAGUCAGUUGGCAAGUCCUUAGGGUUCUUGCUACAGAAAGACCUAGCAAUGCAGAAAUCUGAGUUUACAAGCAGGGAUUUUGAGUCCACAAGCUUCAGGAUUCAGACCCUUGAACAGGAGCUCAUGUCCUUGAAGAGAAGUCUUCAAUGGAAAAACAUCACUAAGGCAUCAGAGCCAAUCCGAACCAAGCCACAAUGUGCAAGGCCCCACAACUUGGAAGGAAAAGCAGUGAGCAAGAAGAGAAAUCUGCUUGGGCAGGUUAGCAGUUGCAUUGGUUCUGUGAGUUUUGCUUCUCAAAGGAAGUAUGCAAAUAGGUUACUGAAGGUCUUCCGGAGGAUAGUAUUAUUUGGAAGAGGCAAAUCAAAAAGAAAGCCAGGUGCUUCUGGCCGAUGGCCCAGGUCAUCAUAGAAAAAUCAUCACAGGCAUGGAUCAUAUGAAUGUUAAAACGACUAUAAGAUGGAUAAUUGGAGCAGCAGAAUUAUUUUUCAAGCAUAAAUAAAUUAAUGCAUAGACAUGUAAAACAUAGGGUAUACCCAUGCAAAUAAAUGCCAUAUCCAUGUGUGUAUGCUUAUAUGUAAAGAACAUAUAAGUACAUAUCUAGAUGAAUAUGUGAUAAAGAUGAAAUUGUGUUACAAAUGCUGCUUCAUUCAUACAUGUGAAUGAGGAUUUUCUCUUGUGUUGACUUAACAAAGGCUCAAAACCUAUCAUCAUCAUCAUCAUCAUCAUCCAUGCCUUAUUCCAACUAUAUGGGAUCAACUACAUGAAACUGAAAUAAUCCAAUCUGUACUUGACUUUCAAGACCUAGAAAAAGAAAAGUUGCAACAGCAGAGGUUACCUUGAGGGCUCCAAUCAAAUUUGAGUUUGAUUUACCUACUUUAGAAUGCUCACCCACUAGGACUAGGUCUUCAGCUUAGUACUGCAUUAAAUGGAUGUUGUUUUUAGCAAGUUCACUUCACUGUCUUAUCCUUACAUUAGAAGACCCCAUCAUUUUUUUUUUCAACCAAUAAAUGAUGACUAAAAUGAUUUUCUCUUCAAUAGUAGACAUUGCCUAUUGCACCAUAUAAUCAGUCAGAGGUGUCAAUUGGACUGGAUUUAGUCCAAUCCGAUCCAGUCCAAUGUGAGUCCAUUAUAAAUGGAACAGGUCCA